UUUAUCGAAGCCAACUUUUGUAUUUAGUCUUCGUAUUUCAUGUAAUGGGUUUGUGGGUUGCAGUGUAGAGAGGCUUUGAUUUUCUGACACUGGAGUUGUUUGUUUAGCAAUUAUUGUGGGACUCGUUAGGUUUGGGAGUUGCAAGCUUUUCAGCGCUUGGACUGCGGUGACUCAGCUGUAGGGGUCUUCUGCUGUGGGCUUCGUUGCUAGACUUUUAGUUUUUUUCUCGCUUCUGUGGGAUUUCGGGGGAGGAUGAAGGAAGAAUCGUGGAGUAUUGGGAUUUCUUUUGGUUAGGUGCAGUUUUUGGAGGUUGUUUGAGAUGGGUUUGUCUUUAUACCGAAGUGUGUUGAAGAGAAGAGGGUUUAAUGUUUGGACUGUGUGUGUAUCCUACAGCAGUCCUCUUAGUUCAUUGCUGUUUCCAGGGAGAUGAGUUGUGCUUUGGGUUUCGAAAUUGUGUCUAGGCAGGUGGGAAGGUGGAUUAAGCUAAGGAAGUUAGGAGUAGUUAGGAGAACGGCAUAGCUACGCAAUUUGGUUGAGGAGGAGCGAGGGUGAAAUGUUGCAUUUGGCUAGACGGUGGCACAAUCUCCCUGGUCGCUAAAUGAAAUCAUAAGAACAAGAAUAAUAACGAGAAUAAUCGUUUCUAGAUACUUAAGAAAUGAACAGGCUAAAGAAAUUGCGCCAACAACCAGAUAACCGCAUUUGUGCGGAUUGUGGAGCGCCAGAUCCAAAAUGGGCAUCAACAAGUAUAGGGGUGUUUCUAUGUAUCAAAUGUUCUGGGGUGCACCGCAGCCUUGGUGUACACAUCUCGAAAGUUGUAUCUGUAACGCUGGAUGAUUGGUCAGAUGAGCAAGUUGACCUUAUGGAGGCCAUAGGUGGCAAUGCAUCCGCUAAUUCAGUCUACGAAGCUUGCAUGCCCUCUGAUGUACGAAAACCUUCUCCAGAUGCAUCUGUUGAUGAGCGUUCUGAAUUUAUAAGGCGGAAGUACGAGGAUCAGGAAUUCUUGAAACCAAACUUGCGAAUGAAAUCACAACCCACCUCUCGUGCAAGGACUAUUACCUCACAAGUAGAUAACCCUUCAGCACCUAGUAACAUGGGUUCCAUGAAUACCAACAGGGAUUCUACUUACAGUAGUAGCACGAAUUCGAUGAAUAGCAAUCGUGACUCACUUGGGCUGAGCCAUUGCGGCAACGUAUCUGGCAGGUUUAGCAACUUAAGGAUAUCAUCUGCCUGUGCUCCAAGUCGUAAAGGUGGUGACUUAGUGUCCCGUACGAUUUCCAACCCAAGCACGGCUGGCAUGGUUGAGUUCUUGGGAAUGCUGAAAGUGAGAAUUGUAAGGGGGACAAACUUGGCUGUCCGAGAUCUGUUGUCUAGUGACCCCUAUGUUGUUGCCACGCUUGGAGCACAGACCGCUAAAACCAAGGUGGUGAACAGAAAUCUUAAUCCGGUCUGGAAUGAAGAGCUCAUGUUCUCUGUACCAAGUCCUCCGCAGCCACUCAAGCUGCAAGUGUUCGAUCACGACGUCCUUUCAGCGGAUGAUUCAAUGGGAGAGGCAGCAAUAGACCUUGAACCGCUUAUUUUGGCUGCGCAAAUGCAUCAAGGCAUGUUUGAAGAGUUUGGGUGCGAACAAAUAGGAAAGUGGCUGGCUACAGAUGACAACGCCCUUGUGAAAGAUAGCAACAUCGAGGUCAUCGAUCGACAAAUCAAACAGGAUGUGCACUUGAAGCUUCAGAACGUGGAGAGGGGGCAGAUCGAAGUUUCUCUUGAAUGGGUUCCUCUCAGCGGGUUCUAAACUAUCUCCCUCAACACUUGUGCUUACACUGCCAAUUUGUUUUGGAGUCUGCCCAUCAAAUUACCUUAUCAAUCCUUUUUUGAGGGGGUUUUUUUUUUUUUUUUUUUUUUUUUUUUUUUUUUUUCUGCCUUCAAUGACUGGCCUCUAUCACUUCCAGCUCGACAAGCUCUCAACGUACAGACUCAACACAAAAGAACCUGGUGUAACAAUUUUCGUUUUUUAUUUAUUUUUAUUUAUUUAUUCA